UCUAUCUUCACUAAUGAUGUAUAAUAAUAAUAAUCCGUUGAAUAGCUUCCAUCCCAUGUGAAAUGAACAAAUGAAUCCUCUUCCUCCUAAAAGGGCCGUCUUCCUUAUUUCAUUGUUUUUGCUCAUUUUUGUUGGCAGCUAUUUUAGCGAUGGGCUUCAGAUCAAUUCCAAUCAUUCUACAAUUCCAAUAAUCAAAGAUGGCGAUCACUCGGUAUCUAGCAACAAGAAUUUCGUUCUUGGAUUCUUCAGUCUCAACAAUUCCACCACUACCCGGUAUGUCGGAAUUUGGUACAAUCAAAUUCCUCAACAAACCAUCGUUUGGGUCGCCAAUAGAAACCAACCCCUUAACGAUACCUCAGGAACCUUCGCCCUCGACAGCCAUGGAAACGUCAUCGUUUUCAGUCCCACACAAACCAUAUCUCUUUGGUCUACUAACACUACCAUCCAAUCAAAAGACGAUGUGUUGUUUGAGCUUCAGAAUACCGGAAAUCUCGCCUUGAUUGAACGAAAGACCCAAAAGGUUAUAUGGCAAAGCUUUGAUUAUCCAUCUCAUGUCCUUCUUCCCUACAUGAAAUUGGGGCUGAACCGGCGGACCGGUUUCAGUUGGUUCCUAACUUCAUGGAAGGCGCAAGACGAUCCAGGAACUGGGAGCUUCAGUGUUCGGAUCAACCUAACCGGGUAUCCACAACUAAUUUUGUACAAUGGGAGUUUUCCACGGUGGCGUGGAGGACCAUGGACAGGGAAAAGAUGGAGUGGAGUACCUGAAAUGACAAGAGCAUUUGCAAUCAACACAUCAUAUGUGGACAACAGUGAAGAAAUUUUCAUAACCAACGGUCUAAUGGACGACACGUUUUUAAUGAGAAUGACUCUAGAUGAAUCCGGUCUGGUGCAUCGAACCAUAUGGAACCAACAAGAGAAAACAUCGACCGAAGUAUGGUCAGCUCCCGAUGAAUUCUGUGACAGCUACAAUAGGUGCGGUUUGAACAGUAAUUGUGACCCAUACAAUGUAGAGCAGUUCCAAUGCACGUGUCUACCUGGGUUUGAACCAUGGUCCAACCAAAGUUGGUUCUUCAGAAACCCAUUGGGUGGGUGCAUCAGGAAGAGAUUAAACACCACAUGUCGAAGUGGAGAGGGUUUUGUGAAGGUGGUAUAUGUGAAGGUUCCAGAUACAUCGACGGCACUUGUGGAUGAGAGUAUGAGUUUAAAAUCGUGCGAACAAGCGUGUUUAAGUAAUUGCAACUGUACUGCUUACACAAGUGCAAAUGAGAUGACGGGGACUGGGUGCAUGAUGUGGCAUGGAGAUUUGGUUGACACGCGGACCUAUGUCAAUACAGGUCAAGAUCUAUAUGUACGAGUUGAUGCUAUUGAAUUAGCUGAAUAUGCAAAACGAAAAUCAAAACGCUAUCCAACAAAAAAGGUGAUAGCAAUUGUUGUUGGGUCUUUUGUUGCAUUGGUGCUACUUGUGACCUUGCUAAUCUAUCUAUGGGGAACAACUAGAAAAAUGAAUGACACAGAAAAGGAGAGAUUGAGGUGUUUAAAUCUUAACCUUAGGGAAUCUCCAAAUUCAGAAUUUGAUGAAAGUAGGACAGGUUCAGAUUUUCCUGUAUUUGACUUGCUGACAAUAGCAGAGGCAACCGACCAUUUUUCAAUUAAUAACAAGCUGGGAGAAGGUGGCUUUGGCGCAGUUUAUAAGGGUAAGUUUAAAAAUGGAGAGGAAAUUGCAGUUAAAAGGUUGGCUAAGAAUUCAAGGCAAGGAGUUGGGGAGUUCAAGAAUGAAGUCGCUCUAAUCGCGAAGCUCCAACAUAGAAAUCUUGUCAGAGUUUUAGGCUACUGCGUUUAUAAGAAUGAAGAGAAGAUGCUUGUGUAUGAAUACUUGCCAAAUAAAAGCUUGGACUAUUUCAUCUUUGAUGCAACCAAGAGGGUAUUGCUCAAUUGGAAAAGACGGUUUGAAAUCAUACGUGGUAUUGCACGAGGGAUCUUAUAUCUUCAUCAAGAUUCUAGAUUAAAAAUCAUUCAUCGGGAUUUGAAGGCAAGCAAUAUACUACUAGAUGCUGAUUUGAAUCCCAAAAUUGCAGAUUUUGGAAUGGCAAGAAUAUUUGGUCAAGAUCAAAUUCAAGCAAACACGAAUCGUAUAGUGGGAACAUAUGGUUAUAUGUCACCAGAGUACGCAAUGGAAGGCUUGUUUUCAGUGAAAUCUGAUGUAUAUAGCUUCGGCGUUUUGGUGCUAGAGCUGAUUACAGGAAAAAGGAACAACUAUGAUUUCACCUACUUAAACUUGGUUGGACAUGUAUGGGAGCUUUGGAAAUUGGACAAUGCAAUGGAAAUAGUGGACUCAAGUUUGGAAGAAUCAAGUUGUGGAUAUGAAAUCAUGAGAUGCCUCCAAAUUGGGUUAUUAUGUGUGCAGGAGGAUCCAACUGACCGUCCGACCAUGUCAACUGUAACUUUCAUGUUGGAGAAUGAAGUGGAAGUUCCUUCUCCAAAGAAACCUGCUUUUAUCUUAAAGAAAAGGUAUAACAGUGGAGAUUCAUCCACCAAUACUGAAGGAACCAACUCUGUAAAUGGUCUGACAAUUUCCAUUGUAAGUGCUCGUUAAUAUAUUAAUAAAUUUUUAUAUAUGUAAAAUUGAUGCUGACUUAAUGAUGAAAAAGAUUAAGAAUGCAAGUACAUGUUUGAAGGGGCUACUCUUAUUAUUAUUAGUUGAUUAUGAGA